AUAAAAGGCCGAAAAACGCUCCCAAGUUUCUCUUGUAAGCCAGCCGCCAUCAUGGAAGCUAGCCGCGUGCAGCCGAUCAAGCUUGCUCGGGUAACAAAGGUUCUUGGAAGAACUGGAUCUCAAGGCCAGUGUACUCAGGUUCGUGUUGAGUUUAUGGAUGACAGCAACCGUUCCAUUAUAAGAAAUGUAAAAGGUCCAGUUCGAGAGGGAGAUGUUCUCACAUUGCUGGAAUCUGAACGUGAAGCUAGAAGACUGCGCUAGUAUGUGUUUUAGAUCCCUGAAGUUUGUUCUUAAGAGUGGAGUUGGACUUCGGAUCAGCUUGCUUUUUUGAUAAAAAUAAAGAUUUGGCAACACAA